CGCCGUCAUGGCCGCACGCGCCCACGAUGUCGCCGCACUCGCCCUCCGCGGCCGACAAGCCUGUCUCAAUUUCGCCGACUCCGCUCGCCUCCAUAUUCCCCCCGCCCCCGCCAGCCCCCGUUCCAUACAACGCGCAGCAGCUAUAGCAGCAGAGGCCUUCCGCCCCGCGCCGGGUCAAGAGCAGCAGGAGGAAGCGCCUCCUUCGGGCCAGCCCUGCAUGGAGGUCGAGAGUGUCGCGGCACAUGACGGGUUUAUUGAUUUGAUGGAUUUCGACGAGUAUUGCUACGCAGAUGAGUUGUGUAUGGACUCGACCAUGUACUUUCAGACGGGGUUCGGUUGGGACGACGGUGAGUGGCGCGGCGACGUGCCGCUAUGGAGUCACUCAAUUUGA